AUGGCAAAUGACCCUGAAACCAACUUUGAUGAGCUUCGAUGGGUGACUCAAAUACGUGAGACCCUUAAUGAAAAGUUUGAGGAUUAUGGUGAAUUCCCCGUGUCCAUCUUCAAUGUGCCUAAACUCCUUAUGACUAGUGAUCCAGAUUCUUAUAUCCCUCAGCAGAUUGCCAUAGGACCUUAUAACUAUUGGCGACAAGAACUCUAUGAGAUGGAAAGAUAUAAGCUUGCAGCAGCAAGAAGAUUGCAAAAACAACUACAAAGCCUCAAGUUAGAACAUAUAGUUGACCAAUUGAUAAGGUUAGAACAUAGGAUUAGAGCAUGUUACCACAAGUACUUAAAUUUUAAUGGUGAAACAUUGGCAUGGAUGAUGGCUAUUGAUGCCUCAUUUUUGCUUGAGUUCCUUCAUGUUUACACCAUUCAAGAUGAAACAAUAAUGCCAGGAGUUUCCUCGAGGAUGUCUCACUUGGUGGAUUAUACAGGGAGGAAAGUAGCUCAUAAUGCAAUCUUGAAGGACACAGUAAUGCUUGAAAAUCAAAUCCCAUUAUUUGUGUUGAGAAAGAUGUUGGAGUUCAAAUUCUCAUCACUAGAAUUAGCAGAUGACAUGCUGUUUUCUAUGUUAAUAGGAUUGUUCAAAGAACUGUCUCCUUUCAAGGUCAUAGAGGAGUAUCCAGAGAUCAUUGUCUCAGAGUGUGCUCAUCUGCUAGAUUUUUUGUAUGCCAUGAUGGUGCCUAAAUUGGAAGAACAAUCAACUCUAAUCGAAUUUGUGGAUCAACAUAAAAAUAAGGAAGAAAAUGAAAAAUUAUUCAUGAACUAUGUCAAGCGAUUCCUGUGUGAGGUUAGGAGGUUGCUUUCAAAAUUGUCUACCGCAUUGACAAGCUUAAGUAAGAAGGUCCUACAAUUUAGAGCCAUGAAGGUUAUCAUUAGCAUGCCUUGGACAAUCAUUUCUAACCUUCCUGGAGUAGGGAUUAUAAAGCAACCCUUUGAGUACUUGUUUUUCUCUCAAGAAAAAGAAGCAUCCAAAGCAGAAAAUGGGAGUUUAAGCUCAGAUAAUGUUACCAACAAACCACCCUUAAUGGAGGAAAUCGCUAUUCCUUCAGUUGCAGAACUCUCAAAGUCUGGCGUUAGUUUUAUGGCCACUAAUGGUGACAUAUCAACUAUCACAUUUGAUGUAAAAAAUGCAACACUGUAUCUUCCAACAAUUAGUUUAGAUGUAGACAGCGAGGUGUUGUUGAGAAAUUUGGUUGCUUAUGAAGCAUCAACUGUAUCAGGGCCAUUGAUUUUCACCCGUUACACUGAAUUGAUGAAUGGGAUCAUAGACUCUGAGGAAGAUGCAAAGAUUCUUAGAGAAAAAGGGGUUAUUUUGAACCACUUAAAGAGUGAUGAAGAGGUGGCUAACUUGUGGAAUGGGAUGAGCAAGUCCAUUAAAUUGACAAGGGUGCCAUUCUUGGAUAAAGUCAUUGAAGAUGUUAACCAGCAUUAUAAUGGUAGAAUGAGUAUCAAAGUCUGGAUAUUUAUGAAGGUUUACGUGUUUGCUUCAUGGCAAAUUCUGACAUUCCUUGCUGCCAUUUUUAUCUUGUUCUUGAUGUCCUUGCAAGUCUUUUGCUCUUUCUAUAAAUGCAGUCGCAGAAGUCUUGUCAAUAUGACUAAACGAACCACUUGA